CAGAAUAUCAUACAAAUGAAGAUCAUACUUUUAUUGGUCGCACUAUUUUGCAUGGCAACCAGCGUUGCUAGCAGGGCACACAGCGUUGAUGUAUGUGUGCGCAGAGGGAGAGCUGGGUGCAUGGCAUCUUGCAAGUGGGGCGUUGCAGGUAGCAGCAAGAAGAGGAUGAAAGGAUUCUGCGUAUGGCGUCAAAAGUGCGAAAACUCGGGAAGAAGAAGAUGUAGGAAGUCUCCAGUCUGCGUUUGCAGAUUUCCCCCAUAUAAAAUAGACAAAUAAAAUGGUUGUUAAUAAAAU